AGCCCAGGCUCUGGGGUCAGCAGGUGCCUGUCUGGGCCAGCAGCCGGGUCCCUGAGACCCACCGCAGGGGCUAACACUGUGCUUCUGCCUCCCCAGGAAUCUGGUACAACAUUCUCAGAGGCAUCGGGAAACUUGCCGUCAUCAUCAACGCCUUCGUGAUCUCCUUCACGUCCGACUUCAUCCCCCGCCUGGUGUACCUGUACAUGUACAGCAAGAACGGGACCAUGCACGGCUUCGUCAACCACACCCUCUCCUCCUUCAACGUCAGCGACUUCCAGGACGGCACGGCCCCCAACGACCCCCUGGACCUGGGCUACGAGGUGCACAUCUGCAGGUACAAAGACUACCGGGAGCCCCCGUGGUCGGAACACAAGUACGACAUCUCCAAGGACUUCUGGGCCGUCCUGGCGGCACGGCUGGCCUUCGUCAUCGUCUUCCAGAACCUGGUCAUGUUCAUGAGCGACUUCGUGGACUGGGUGAUCCCGGACAUCCCCAAGGACAUCAGCCAGCAGAUCCACAAGGAGAAGGUGCUGAUGGUCGAGCUGUUCAUGCGGGAGGAGCAGGGCAAGCAGCAGCUGCUGGACACGUGGAUGGAGCGGGGCCCGAAGAAGGGCGAGUCCUGCGGCAACCACAGCCCCCAGGCUGGCCCGGACGGCCCCGAAAACCACGGGGGCGCCCUGUAGCGGCCCCGGCGCCCGGCCGACGGGCACCUCUCCCGGGCAGGCGGCCCACCCCCACCAGGUCGGGUGGCUCCUGUGUUUGCAGCAAACCUUGAAGACCACCUUCUGAUAGGACAACAUUUUUUAAAAUCUUUUUUCUGGGUUUCUGUUUUUUUUCCCUUGUUUUUGCACAAACCCAUGAUGCAGGGAAUUUUUUAUCUUUUCUCUUGGAGUUAAUCAGAAUGGUUGCUGGGAUAGGGUGGUGCAGGCGGCAGAGGCGGCCUUUGCAGGGCAAUCCUGGCGUCUCCCCUCCACCCCCCCCCCGCCCCCGACGGCGGCCGUGAGCAGAGGCGCCGGGGAGCACCUUCUGUAAUCCCCCUGGCACCCUGACAGGUGGGAACAGCACCCGAGGCCCUGGGCACAUCUGGUGCACCUGGAGGGGGAACGGAGAGGAAUGAGCCAAUUGAGACCAGUUACCCGAGACCUCACCUUGCCUCCUAGUCAGGAGAGCGGAGCCGAUUUCCAUCACCUUUUCUGU